CGUCACGUCACGGAUCCGCAGCGACCGACAGAGAUGCCGAGGUGACAGGCCGCUAGCAGAAAGAAGGGGGACCACACUCACAGACAUAUUUCCUUCGUUUCUAACCCCCCCGACCGCCUCUUCUUCACGGGCGGUUUAACUCGCGAUGGGAUUCCGCCCGACGUCGUCCCCGCCAGCCUCCAACCUAGAGGAUUUGUCGUAACCACACCCGGCCCUUCUUCACGCCGAGGCUCGCCAGCGAAGAAGACCCCGGAGGGUUCUCCAUCAAGACCCAAAUGCGCGGCCCGGUCUGAGGCAGCUGGAGGAGGAGGAGGAGGAGGAGGAGGAGGAGGAGGGGGCCAAAGAAGUGAGGACAGCGUCCCCCGGCGCGCAGACGGGAUGAGCGGGGGAGCGGAGCAAGCCGACAUCCUGACCGUGCUCUCCCUGGUCAAGGAGCGAUGGAAAGUGGUGAAGAAGAUCGGAGGCGGCGGGUUUGGGGAGAUCUACGAGGCGGUGGACCUGCUGACGCGGGUCAGCGUGGCGCUGAAGGUGGAGUCGGCCCAGCAGCCCAAGCAGGUGCUCAAGAUGGAAGUCGCCGUGCUCAAGAAGCUCCAGGGUAAAGACCACGUGUGCCGCUUCGUGGGAUGCGGCCGCAACGACCGCUUUAACUACGUGGUGAUGGAGCUUCAGGGUCGUAACCUGGCUGACCUGAGGAGGAGUAUGAGCCGGGGGACCUUCAGCAUCAGCACCACCCUGCGUCUGGGACGGCAGAUCCUGGAGGCCAUAGAGAGCAUCCACUCUGUGGGCUUCCUGCAUCGCGACAUUAAACCGUCCAAUUUUGCAAUGGGCCGCUUCCCAAGCACCUGUCGAACCUGCUACAUGCUGGACUUUGGUUUGGCUCGUCAGUUCACCAACUCCUGCCAGGAGGUCCGACCUCCUCGGCCAGUGGCAGGCUUCAGGGGAACGGUCCGCUAUGCAUCUGUCAAUGCACACAAGAAUAAGGAGAUGGGCCGUCACGAUGACCUGUGGUCUCUCUUCUACAUGCUGGUGGAGUUUCUGGUCGGUCAGUUGCCGUGGAGGAAGAUCAAGGACAAAGAACAUGUGGGGAAGCUGAAGGAUACUUACGACCAUCGUCUGAUGCUCAAGCACCUGCCGGCAGAGUUUGGCGUAUUCUUGGAGCACAUCGCCAGCCUCGACUACUUCACUAAGCCCGACUACCAGCUGCUGAUGUCAGUGUUUGACAACAGCAUGAAAACCUACAACGUCGUGGAGAACGACCCUUACGACUGGGAGCGCACCGGCACCGAUGGCACUCUGACCAUCAUUGCCGUUGCCACAACGCCGCAACAUCACACCCGCCUCACUCCGGCACACAUGGGUAUGGCCAACGCCUCCCUGAUACCCGGCGACCUGAUGAGGGAAAACACAGACGAGGUUCUGCAGGACGAGCAGCUCAGCGACGUGGAGAACAACCCCGCUCCGGAGCGCCUGCCGGGCUCUCCCCUCCACCUGCACCGCAACCAGGAGGCCGACGUCUGGGAGGAGCUGGACCGCAACCGCAACCGCGUCCGGUCGGCAGCCUGGAAGGCGGCAACGGAGGAGGAACACGGCAACAUCCCGGGCAGCCAUGGGCACCAGAGCCCCUACCCCGGGCCCAGCCUGGGAUCCCCGGUCAAACUGCAAACUGAUGUGGGGGCUUCGGACCGCGAUGGGACCCUGCUGAGGAAGCUCCGCAACAUUCACAGUUUUGACCUGGAGAGGCGGCUGACCCUGGAGGCCAAGCCCAGUCCAGAGCGCUUCCUGGAAACCUGCUCAGGGAAGCAGCAGCAGCAGCAGCAGCAAGCUGGCAACCAGCACCAGGAGAAGGAAGGUGACGGCGCUGCAAUCGUCCCGGUAGCUCAGGGUCAAGCGGAACCUGCCGGGGAGCGUCCCGAUAGGGUCUGGCACUACGAUGAGGAGUUCUUGUCCGGCGGUGGUUCUCCUAAACCAGCGUCCUGUGGAUCUGCGGAGCAGGGAGAGGGGGCGGUCAUCAGCGGGGGCUUCGUGGCCCUCAACCUGAGCUCGGGGAGGCAGGACGUUGACUCAAGGGAGUGGGUAAUGGUGGAGCGGCCCAGUGGCUCUCCGGGAGCCAAGGUCACCACCAGCCCCUCAGAGGAGGACGAGGAGCCGGAGGUGCUCCAGCUAGGGGACCAGUCCCCCGGCUGGGAAAGGGGAUAUCCGGGGCCCAACUCUGGCAACGCUAAACAAGGAAGCGUGGCUUCCUCCAAAGGAAGUGCGAAAGUCGACAAGUUGGAGCUUAGCGUGGGUCUUGUGGGGGCUCUGCCACCCGUCACUCCGACAAGCCCGGCUGAAGCUCUGGCUGAGGGAGUUCUCACGCAGCUCCCCACCUCUCCUCCAUCCCUGCCUGACGAGGUCGCCAUGCGGACAUGCAGCCCCGUCCCGCUGCGCUCUCCCAGCCCUCACACACUCCUGACCACCUUAUCGGACCCGUUGCACCUGCGCCAUCAUCCGGCCAUGAGGCGUAGCCAGUCUGUCGACCCCCAACAGCAGCAGCAGCAGCAGCAGCAGGAACGCCCCUCCUCCGCCUCCUCCUGCCACGCCUCCCUACCACUGCCACCGCCAAACCCCGCCCCCGGCACCCGUUCCCCCGGUCGCAGGAAACUGCCGGCCAUCCCGGCGGGUGCUGCCAACGCCAAGUUUCCCUCUGUCAUACGCAUCACUCGCGCCCAGCUUCAGCAGUUGACCGCUCAGCGUCCCUCCGGGCUGUCCUCCCAGUCGGGAUCGGACGCCGCGCCGCAGUGCCUCCUGCUGGAGAGGCGCGGCGAGCCCGAAGCCGAGGCUCGGCAGGUCCAGGAGCGCACAGCGGACAUCGGCUCCCCCCAGGAGCGUGUGCUCGCCCGUCCGGGGACACCCACGGACCCUCUGGCUGAGAUCCCGGUCAACGGGCACGUCCACAACAAAGCUCAAAGCCCCAACCGCGUGUCCUCCCCGCGCUCCCCCCGCUCGCCUCACUCGCCUCCUCUGCGCUCGCCUUCCUCUCCGCGCUCUCCCCGCUCCCCUCACAGCCCUGCGUUUCCAAACGGUCGCCCCCCUCCGCUUAACAGCCAGAGGGAUUUGAGUAAUGGUGCAUUUCCCAAGCUGAAGGACCCUGAGAAGGAUUCUGGCCCGACUCUCUGCGCCACAGAGCCUCAGUUAUGGGGCGAGGUUACUAGAGAAGAAGACCACGUCCCAGAUCAGACAAAAGGGCCGGUCUCCUCCUCCUCCUCCCCCGUGGCCCUCCGCAAGGACCCCAGCCGGAGGCAAAGUCGCAUCCCAGUCCUGGAGCCCUCCAGCCUGCUUGAGCUCCCUCCCGCCGGGUCUGCGAAGGAGAAACUCCUGCAGAAGAAGGCUAACCACCAAGGCCCCGUCCCGUCUCCCACCGCCUCGCCCUCGCUCUCCGAUAGGCGGGGCCCCGCGGUGGCCUCCCUGGCCCGGGACCCGUUGUCCUCCGCCUCCGACCGCUCUCAGGACGAGGACUCUCUCAUGGGCUCCCGCUCCGACCGCCAGGGAGACGACGCUGUCUCCCACUCCUCCUCCUCCAGCCCUCUGUCCCGCAAGAGCCGGAUCCCUCGUCCCGUUCACGCCGCUUCUUCCGCUGAGCAGCUGGCUGCCCAAUUCCUGCCACGCCCGCCACCUGGAAAGCCGCCGUGCCGCCCCACAGCGGAGGGCAGGCUUCGGCGUUUACGCAUCCGAGCCGGCAGCAACAGCGACUCGGACCUCCUGACGUGCCUUGCUCAGCUGAUGCACGGCUCCCGAGGGUCGCCGCUCCACCACCGCUCCUCCGCCCAGCACGGGGGCUCCAGGAUGGGCGUCUGCAGCCUGACGAGCUCGCCGCACCACCACCGCAGCUCCAGCGCCUCGCCGCGCAGCUCCUCCUCCCUGCAGCGCUCCGUCAGCUCCUCGCCCUCCCGCCACGAGCACCGCGGCGGCGGCGGCGGUGGCGGCGGGGGUUGCCUCGGCCGCAGCCGCUCGCCACCCAGCUUCUCGGGCUCGCCGCCUCCGCGCCGCUUCCACGCUCACCACCAGGACACGUGCUGCAGCCGGCAGGCUCGCGCCGGCCCCUUCCACCUGUCCAAGGGGAAAGGCUGUAGCCGAGAGGGGAAGUGCUCCAGCAAGCUGAGCAGAUAGUUGCGCUCCGCAGAGGACGGGAGGACUCUUAUUAUGAAAGGGUAGACCUCAGGGUCCUUCCUGUAUAAGUUUCCCUGUUUUCCCAAUGACAACCUUACAGUUGUCCCGCUGUUUCCCGCUGUCCCUGUCAGUCCUUGCGUUUGCACACAGGCUCAUUCAUUUACAUGCCCGUCUUUGGGGGGGAAAUUAAGUAAUGAACUUCCAUAAAGUGGUCGGACUGAGAGACAGAUUUGAAGAAGAGCGAUCAAAACCCGUGCUGCAGCAACUGCGAUAUCCACACUUUUGCUCCGUUAAGCUCCAAAGGCUGGUCCCUACAUUUACCUUUAAUGCAUCUCAAUGGCAGAAGGGCCAAACUUCAUCAAAACCCUUCGGUUUGCAAAGACUUUGUGUAAAAAAGUCUCAAACUCGGUCUGAUAUGUGCGGACUAAAAAAGUACUCCUCACUGAGCCUCACGUGUAAGUGGGGUGCCCCCUUUAAGGUAACUUAUUAGACAAACAAUAUGGACAUGUCAGGGUCCUCAUUUUAUUUAUAUUAUCGUGUUGGAGAGCGAAAUAGUACAGCUGCUAAAUGAAAGCCAACGCAGCCGUUACUAUGAUCUGUAAUACUUGGCUGGUUGGGCCAUUGGGCGCAUAAAUAAAUCAGUUCCCAGUCUAUUUAUCUUCCUGCAUCCUGCGCCACUAUAUAUGACUUAUUUAUCUCCAGUAUUGAUGCACUUGGAUGAUACUGAUGUAAUAUCAGUAUAGAUAGCCGGGCGUUGUCCUCUCUGCAUUCAGAGAUUGCAGGCAGGUGUACUUAAUGCUGUGUGUGUGAAUGCAUAUAGCCAGAAUUUAUGUACAGUUGUUAUUUAUUGAGAUAUUUAUUUUGACGCUAUCGGCUCCCACCCUCCUCUGUGUGAGCGCGGAUGUGUGGUUUUGUGUCCCUCGCAUUAGUUUUAAGUGUUUCAAAUCAAAGGGAUUACUCCGAAGUGACCCUCUUUAUACAAUCAAUCAUGUCGAGUGCGUGAGGACACACACCUUUUUGUGCCUACUGUGUUGCUAAGAGGGACUGAAAAUGACCCAGUGGCCGAGGCCGUUGAUGGUUAGAGUGGUGACCGUUGUUCAGUAGUAGCAGAAGUACGUUCAAGCAACAUAAGGUGCAUUACUGAUGAGUAAUAUUAAGACACAGAUGUUUGUCUCAGCGUGUGCCUUUGGGGCACUUUGGGCAGCUUGAAGAUUCGCUUUGUUUGUAAUGAGACAAAAGAAGGAGCCAAAAACUUGUGCCAGCGGCUAAAAGACGACCCUUUUCACCGGUAUUCUUUAAAUGUAGAACAGGUAGCAACACAAAUGUUUGUAAAUCAACUGCAAUUUGAACAGCAUUUACCUGGAGUAGCUAUUGUUUGUACUGACUAAAAGGAAAGGACAACCUGUCUUUGCUGUCCUGUGUGUAGCUACCAGGUCAGUGUUGGAGACACAACUUUGAAAAUAAAUGUGAAUUUCAGACCUCUAACAACAUUUUGUCAAAUAGUAUUGAAAACAGAGGCCAUAUGUACAUAUAUAUACAUAUUUAUCACACCAAAAGGCUGUUCCAUGCUCCCGUCUGAAUGAAUGUCUUUUUGUUCGUCCUGCGCCGCAGAAUGUCGUUCAUAUGAUGACGUGUGUGUGUGUAUGUUCACGCACAAAAAGUAUUGUUCGUGUUUUGAUUUAAUUAGGAUUCCUCUCGGAAACGCUCCUCCACCACCUCCCACCGCUCCUCUGCUUGUGAGAUACUGUAUGAUAACUCCUUCCAGGGCUUCUAUUCGCAUGCACCACAAAGAAAACACUGCAUUAAGUAGUGAGCGCAGAGCCGAUUACCGCUUCCUCUCUCGCCUCAUCUUUCCUGGGAAGAUUUUAACCCAUUAUCACCUCAAAAUAUAUUUCCCAUCACAAUAUUAUUUCACUGUUCCUCUUCCCACCUUGUGUGUGACUAUGACUUUUUUCGCUUCCUGCACUGACCCGGAAUUAGCUGGAACAUGACAGACUGUAUUUUUUACCAGUGAAAUGAACGCACUUGAUGCUUAAACAUAAUCAAGCCGAAAAAUAAUAAAGGAGAAGAGUUUUUGCUGUGAUUUACGCGCUUGUAUUGAUAAUGGCAGUUACAACCUCUAACAAGACAUGGCUGCACAUUGCCAAAUAUGUUGAUGGAUUUGAAUCUCGAUGCGACGACUGUGGGGAGCGCACAGUGAUGGGAAGGGGGCACGUUGCCGAUCUUGCAGAUACCUGCGCCAGCCUCGCAUGGCAGCUUUGAUGACUCCUCCUGAAUCCAGACAGCGUUCAGUCAGUCAGUCGCCUUAACGUCUCCUCUCUGCCCCUCUGUGCAUAGCGAGGGAUGACUGAGCCUUGUCUGUGUUGGACAUCAUUCCACUAUUCUGCCCGAGCCGAGCCUCCCCGUCACUUGUCUGUUGUGCGUAAAUGGCACGUGCCACCACUAGAGACCACAUGCCGCCACUGAAACCAGGGCUGUCUGCAGUGUGCUUCUGCCGGAGAUCCCCGUUUAGUUUUUUUUUUUUCUGCGAGAACGGGUGGAGGCCAUCGAAGGUGAAAGUGGAAAAUUUGUGAUUGACGCAUUCAAGGUGUGUUUGUUAGUGUGAUGACCGUGUGCCCUCAAACGUGCUAAUCUCUAAACGUCGGCAGCAAUCAGGCUUUGAAUGCUCCAUCUUUUAACUCACUACUUUAAGAUAUUUCAGCUUCGCUGUUGUGCAGACUUUUAAUAUAUACCUGUAAAAUAUGAAGUCAUUCUAUAAAUACAAUAAUUAUUGUUAAACCAUAACUUAUACGCCAACAGGCUUCAGUGCAACAGAAGAACAGAGCGCUGCGGUUUCUAAAAGAUAAUCAGAUUUCCAGGUUUUUUAAAUCGUUAUUGCAUAAUUGGUGUGAAGUUGUAGUAGUGUUACUCUCCAGAUGAGAUUUUCUUUGGCACUUUUCAAAGUGGCCUGUUUAUAGCAGAGUGCCAUGUAUAUAGUAGCUUGCUGGAUAUUUGUGCUAACAGAUACCCGCAGGACAAACCCAGCUGUUUUAUUUUGAAAAGUGAGAUGGAAACUAAUGGAAGCUGUGGCUUUUACGGCAUAACACCAAAUUACUUGUUAGUAAUUUGUCAUUUAUGAAUACAAUAUAAAUUAUUUAUUGUCACAUUUGCCCAUCCAUACUUUUGACUAACUGUCAGGAUUUUUUAACGGUUGAUAUUUUGUGUUGUAAUGCUUGUCAUGGUUUUUAAAUGUAACUACAGUCUCAAGGAAAGAAUGUAACAAGUGGGAGUUUUGCAUUGUAUAUAACUGUAAUUAUUUAUGUUUAUUCUAUCAUUUGUAUCAUAUCAAUGCCUUGUACAGUGUUUUUUUGUUUUUGUUUUAAAAUUAUUUUGUAUUUUAUUUUUAUAAACUGAUUAUAAUUAAAAUACUCAUUCCGCAUGCAGACCAAAUCUUGGGAGAUUUCCUUUUUAAUCCUGAAAUGUUGGCCAUUGACCUUGGACAUAAAGGUUACAAUUGUCAAAUGUU